ACAAUCCAAAAAAAGAAAGAACAAACAUCAACUGGAAAUAUCAUGACCAGCACCCUCCUCUAUCACCAUCUUCUCCUUUCAGUUAUCCUCCUCCUUCAUGCCCCAUUGUGUCCAGCUGCUGCUGGUGGAUCAUGGUCCGUCCUCCUCCCAAGCAUUGGCAUCUCAGCCAUGCACAUGCAGCUCCUUCCCAACGACCGUGUUGUAAUGUAUGAUCGUACCGACUUUGGAAUCUCCAACAUCUCUCUUCCAAAUGGCAAGUGCCGCCCUAACUCCACCGACUGCUCUGCCCACUCCGUCGAGUAUGAUGUCGGUUCCAAUACUAUACGACCGCUCAUGGUGCUCACCAACGUAUGGUGUUCCUCAGGAACAUUAAUGCCUGACGGCAGCUUAGUCCAGACCGGAGGAUGGGCUGAGGGUUACCGUAGGGUCAGGAUUUAUAAAUCAUGUGCCACAUGUGACUGGCAAGAGAUAUCAAAUGGGUUGAACCAACAGAGGUGGUAUGCAACAAAUCACCUAUUGCCUGACGGGCGACAAAUUAUCAUCGGCGGUCGUCAGGCAUUUAACUAUGAAUUCUACCCAAAGAUGUCGGCCACUGAGAACUCUCCCAGCUUUCCGUUUUUGGUCCAGACGAAUGACCCCAAUGUUGAGAAUAAUUUAUACCCAUUUGUGUUUCUCUAUCCAGACGGGAACUUGUUUGUUUUCGCCAAUAACCGUGCCAUUUUAUUCAACUACUCUAAGAACCAAGUUGUCAAGACCUACCCGACAAUGCCCGGCGGGCAACCAAGGAACUACCCGAGCACUGGCUCUGCGGUACUACUCCCUUUGAGAAUGAAAGAGGGGGUUGCCGAAUCCGUUGAAGUGUUGGUUUGUUGGGGCGCGCCCAAAGGAGCAUUUGCUAAUGCAAAUAAUGGAAGAUUUGACGGAGCAUUAGAUACCUGCGGGCGGAUUAGAAUAUCCGACCCCAAUUCUCAGUGGGUCAUGGAAACAAUGCCUUUGGCUCGAGUCAUGGGUGACAUGUUGUUGCUUCCCAACGGCCAUGUCUUGAUCAUCAACGGUGCCUCAGCAGGGGUUGCCGGGUGGGAGCUUGGUAGGAACCCCGUUCUCAGCCCUGUAACUUAUAGACCUGAUAACCAAAUUGGGUCUAGAUUUGAGGUGCAAAAUCCAAGCACAAAACCAAGAGUGUACCAUUCCACAGCGGUCCUACUGCGAGAUGGUCGGGUUCUUGUUGGUGGAAGCAACCCUCACGACAAAUAUGUGUUCACCAACGUGCUUUAUCCAACCGAACUAAGCCUGGAGGCAUUUUCUCCUUCUUAUUUGGAUCCAAGCUCUUCUUCUUCACGCCCCAGGAUUUUAUCACCCAAGACUAAAACUAAGAUACGCUAUGGAAAACGGAUCGCUGUUACAUUUACGGUACCAGGACCUGUAGAUCUGAAUUCGGUCAGCGUGACAAUCGUGUCUCCUUCAUUUAACACACACUCGUUAUCUAUGAAUCAAAGGUUGUUGGUUCUCGACAGCGCUAACUCUACCAAAGCUCUCGGAAGGUCUACCUAUAGAGUAGGUGUGACGGCACCUCCAUCGGGUAACUUUGCACCCGCGGGUCAUUAUCUACUGUAUGUGGUUCAUAAAGAAAUUCCAAGCUCGGGCAUUUGGGUCCGAAUGCAACGAUAAACAUCAUCCAAAGCACUAGUGGUUUUGCUCCCGCAGUUGUUUAUGGUUUAUUUAUUGCAUUUUCAAGUUUUUCCCUUUGGGAACAUUUAUUUGUUGUCGAUAUAUUUCAAUUGUAUAUGUGACCUAAUAAAUUGGCAUAUCGAGAUUGUUUGUUUGCCAAUUCAUGAAAUCGUUACCUCUCCUAUCAACUAAAAGAUCUAAUCAGCAGGUCACAUUUCUAGCGUA